AUGCAGCUGCCGCUGGAUGUGGCGGCACUGCAGCUAAUGCUGGAUGUGGCGGCAAUGCGGCUGCUGCUGGAUGUGGCGGCACUGCAGCUAAUGCUGGAUGUGGCGGCAAUGCGGCUGGUGCCGGAUGUGGCGACAAUGCGGCUGGUGCUGGAUGUGGCGACAAUGCGGCUGGUGCUGGUGGGGGCGGCACUGCAGCUGCUGGUGGGGCGGCACUGCGGCUGCUGGUGGGGCGGCACUGCGGCUGCUGGUGGGGGCGGCACUGCGGCUGCUGUGGGGCGGCACUGCAGCUGCUGGUGGGGCGGCACUGCAGCUGCUGGUGGGGGCGGCACUGCAGCUGCUGGUGGGGGCGGCACUGCAGCUGCUGGUGGGGGCGGCACUGCGGCUGCUGGUGGAGGCGGUAACGACAUGGGUGGGAGUGCCUGCCUUAGGGAAGAGGUGAGGAGUGGGGGGAGCGGAUACAAAAGCUGUCGUACGGCGCCACACAAAUCCUCUAAAAGCAGCCUGCCCUGCCACUUUGAUGCACAUCACUUGCAUUUGAAUAAAUGA